UCUUUCUCGGCCUUACGAUUGCUUGCGCCGAACCCCCUCUUAUCCUCCACGCUGGAUUCUAAUGAAGCCCGCUUCCUUUCCCAUAUCACCCCUUCUUAUAUUUCACCCCCAAACUCUUCUUUCCCCGCUGCUUAGAAAGGCAAGCAAGAGAAGCCAAGAGCUUUGCGCUCUAUAGAGCUCACUUGCCCUCUGAGGAAGAAGAUGGAUUAUGUUUAUGGGCCGGGGAGGAAUCAUUUGUUCGUGCCGGGGCCGGUGAACAUCCCGGAGCCGGUCAUCCGAGCAAUGAACCGUAACAAUGAAGACUACCGCUCUCCGGCUGUGCCAGCCUUGACGAAGACUCUACUUGAGGAUGUUAAGAAGAUAUUCAAGACGACGAGCGGAACCCCUUUUCUGAUUCCCACCACAGGGACUGGAGCAUGGGAAAGUGCGUUAACAAACACACUUUCACCUGGUGAUAGGAUAGUGACUUUUCUUAUUGGGCAGUUUAGUCUACUCUGGAUUGAUCAACAACAACGCCUCAAAUUCGAUGUUGAUGUUGUAGAAAGUGAAUGGGGGCAAGGUGCAAAUCUUGAUAUACUUGCAUCAAAGCUUUCAAGCGACCGUUCUCAUACAAUAAAGGCUAUUUGCAUUGUUCACAAUGAGACUGCAACUGGAGUAACUAACAACUUGGCAACUGUGAGAAAAUUGCUUGAUCAGUUUAACCAUCCUGCCCUGUUACUUGUUGAUGGAGUCUCAUCUAUAUGUGCUAUCGACUUCCGCAUGGAUGAAUGGGGAAUCGAUGUUGCACUAACGGGUUCGCAGAAGGCUCUAUCUUUACCUACUGGGAUGGGAAUUGUAUGUGCCAGUCCAAAAGCUCUGGAAGCAUCAAAGACUGCUAAAUCUGUCAGGGUUUUCUUUGAUUGGAAUGAUUACCUCAAAUUUUACAAGAUAGGAACUUAUUGGCCCUACACUCCUUCCAUCCAAUUGCUUUAUGGGCUUAGAGCAGCCUUAGAUCUUAUAUUUGAGGAGGGGCUUGAUAAUGUGAUUGCAAGGCACAACCGCCUAGGGAGAGCAACAAGACUAGCUGUUGAGGCCUGGGGACUGAAGAACUGCACCCAGAAGGAAGAGUGGUUUAGUGACACCGUCACCGCCGUUGUUGUUCCGGCUUACAUCGACAGUGCUGAAAUUGUGCGGAGGGCAUGGAAAAGAUAUAACUUAAGCUUAGGCUUGGGCUUGAAUAAAGUGGCUGGAAAGGUCUUCAGGAUAGGACAUCUUGGCAACCUUAAUGAGCUGCAAUUGCUUGGUUGCCUGAGUGGUGUGGAGAUGAUACUGAAGGAUGUUGGAUAUCCAGUAAAGCUGGGAAGUGGAGUUGCUGCUGCUGCUGCUUAUUUUCAGAACACCAUUCCUCUGAUACCUUCUAGGAUAUAAAUUUUUCUGUUUAAUUUGGUUUGUCCUCCCUUUUUUCGUCCAAUUCUGUAUAUAAGACUUCAUUAUACAGUAAUGCUACUAGAGGUUCAGUCCUCUUGUAUGUCAUCAUUUAGUAGACAUAUCUCUUUAAAAACUUCAUUGGAUUUGAAGUUGUACUUAAAAAUUUUCUGCAGAUCCAUGUUAUGGCUUCAGGCUUUGGAUAGUUAAUAGGCUCUCUUGAAAUAGAAAUAUAUGUGCUUUUUCUUAAA